CAAUACCCCAGCAUGGCUGGCACCCACCACCAGCACCACCCCUGCAGGGCUGGAACUCAGCGCCACCACCACCCCAGCAGGGCUGGGGCUCACCACCACCAGCAAGCCACCUCCAACCUCCACGGCCAUGACACCCAGCUAUGACAAGAGUACCACUGUCACAUCUGUGGGGACCAGCACAGCCCUGGCUGCCAGCUCAUUUGGAGUUGAAACGAGCAUGCUGCCUCCCUCCAGCUCUGCUCUUCUCUCCUCCACUGGGCUGGGCACCACGCUUGCCACCAGCCCCCACCAAGAGCCAGCCAUGACCACACUGCUUGGCAGCCCAUCCCCAGGGACCAGCACCACCUCUGCUUCCACCACCCCAGAAGUGACAGAAACUUCAGAUGGGCCCUUGACGACCCCAUCAGACACCGUGACCUCCCUUGGUACCACCACAGACGUCCCUGGGACCGCCCCUGGUACUUCCACCCCAACAGAGCCAGAGACCCCCAGUGACACUGCAGAGACCACUGCCCUGGGUGUGACAGCAACUGUGUCCCCAGCUCUCCCUACCUCCUCAGCACCCACGGAGAGCUCAACACUGCUGCCUACCACUGACUCCAGCACCACAGCCACCCUCCUUUCCUCCAGCCCUGAAACAGAAGCUUCCACCCCAGAGGAGUCCAGCACAUCCACAGAGACUGAAAACACCUCACCUCCCACUGUGCUUCCUCCCACCACAACUACAGAAGAUUCAUCUGAAUCUACAGAAGAGACCUUGGCAACCCUGGCAGACACCACAGCCAGCCCUGUUAUCAGCACAUCAGACCCCAUGGGCACUCCCUCUUCCAGCUACCCAGACUGGACCACUCCUGACAUCUUCCCCUCAACUGUGGAGUCAACUCCAGGCACUGAGCCCUCUUCCCCUGCCUCCAGCUCAGCCCAGACCUCAGAGGCUGCUGCCCUCAGCACACCUACAGCCCUGCCAACGCUGCUGCCAACCUGCCCCUCUGCCUCACCCAACACCAGUGCAUCUCACCUGUUUCUGUCCCUGAGGCUCACCACCCCUCUGGACCUGGGGAACACCACGGUGCAGGAGCUGCUGUUGUCCAAGCUCCGUGAGGACCUGCAGACAGCAUUCCCAUGUGCUGGCCUGUCACUGGCAUGGCGAGGGAAGAGGAGGACUUGACUGCUGCCUCUCACCUGGACUGCCACGCACCUGCUGCCAGCUCCUCACUCCAUGGUGGUGCAGGCCCCUGGGGAAUCCCAUACAGCUCCUCUUGAACCUGGGGCUUCCUGUCCUUCACUCUGUACCCCCAGUCCCCUCCUGACCCUUCCCACAGCCUGUCUGAAGAGCCUGAGCCCUCCCACCACCCUGCUCCAGACCUGAUUCCUCCUCCAGCUCUGCUGGGGGCUGGGAGAAGGGGACCCUAUGGAACUGGGCUUUUACAUCUGGGACUGAGCUGCCUCAGCCAUCAAAGCCACCCUGGGGACAGAGGAAUGAGAGGAAGGAGACCUGAAGCCCCCAGUACUGCUGUGCCCAAGGCUCACC